CACCGUCAUCUCCUCCUAUACCCUGUCUCCCCGCACUUCAAGGAGAGGAAGUCGACUACAAUUAUUGCUACACAGACACGUAGAGGCCAACUGAACAUCCCGCCUACCUGGCGCACGCACCCAAGCCGCCACUAUGGAUGUCGUAAAGGCUGUAGAGACCUACAUCACGAAGAUGGUGUCCACGCCGCCUUCGAUGAAGGUCUUACUCUUGGAUAACCAUACAACACCCAUCGUGUCCCUGUCCGCGACACAGUCGAUCCUCCUGUCGCACCAGGUCUACCUCACGGACAAGAUCGACAACAAGAAGCGCGACCGCAUGCCACACAUGAAGUGUGUCUGCUUCCUCCAGCCCAGUGAAGAUAGCUUCGAGGCCCUCGCCGCUGAGCUGCGCGAGCCCAAGUACGGCGAAUACUACCUCUACUUCAGCAAUAUCCUUAGCAAGACAGCCAUCGAGCGCCUCGCAGAUGUGGACGAGUACGAGGUCGUUCGCGAAGUGCAGGAAUACUUUGCAGACUAUGCGCCUAUUCUCUCUUCACUCUUCUCGCUCAACCACACUCCUUCGGCCUCGCGACCUCUUUACGGGAAUUCUCCGAACACAUGGGACCCCGCCGCGCUCGAGCGCGCGGUCCAGGGCGUGACGGCUGUCCUCCUGAGCCUGAAGAAGAAGCCCGUGAUCAGGUACGAGAAGUCGAGUCCGAUGGCGAAGAAGCUCGGGGUCGAGAUUCAACACAGGGUACAGUCUGAGCAGCAGCUGUUCGACUUCCGCUUAACGCAAGUGCCACCAUUGCUGCUCAUCCUCGACAGGAGAAACGACCCGGUGACACCGAUGCUCUCGCAGUGGACGUACCAGGCGAUGGUCCACGAGCUGCUCGGCAUCCAGAACGGCCGCGUUGACCUCAGCACGGUCCCUGACAUCCGACCAGAGCUCAAGGAAGUGACGCUCUCGACGUCCACGGACCCGUUCUUCCAGGCGCACCACCUCGCGACGUUCGGCGACCUCGGCACGGCGCUCAAGUCGUACGUGCAGUCGUACCAGUCGCACUCGCUCGCGCACAGCCCGUCGCAGAUCCAGUCCAUCACGGACAUGAAGCGCUUCGUGGAGGAGUACCCCGAGUUCCGCAAGCUCGGCGGGAACGUGAGCAAGCACGUCGCGAUCGUAGGCGAGCUCAGCCGCUUGGUCGAGCGCGACAAGAUGCUCGAGCUGGGCGAGGUCGAGCAGGGGCUCGCGACAGGGUCGGGGGCGGAUUUGAAGAGUGUGCAAGCGUUGAUCACUAAUCCGGCCAUUCAACCGUGGCACAAGCUUCGACUGGUCGUGCUCUACGCUUUGCGGUACCAGAAGUCGCAAGCACAGAACGUCGCUUCGCUCAUCAACCUCAUGCUCGAGAAUGGCGUGUCACGAGAAGAUGCCCGACUCGUGUACGUCGUCUUGAACAUCGCAGGUUCCGACCAACGACAAGAAGACCUCUUCUCUGCCGAAGCUCUGCUCGCAAAAGGCCGGUCUGCCUUGAAAGGUCUGAAAGGCGUCGAGAACGUGUACAUGCAGCACACACCGCACCUCGCACAGACUCUGGAGAACCUGUUCAAAGGCCGGCUCCGAGACACGACCCACCCGUUCCUGGACGGUGCUGGGCCGAAUGCAGGCCUACAACGUCCCGGAGACGUCAUCAUCUUCAUGGUUGGUGGGACGACAUACGCGGAGGCGCGAGUUGUCGCGCUGUUGAACCAAGAAGCGACGUCCGGCGGGCCCUCCGCGGCAGCUGGAACACGCCUUCUGCUCGGAGGAACAUGCAUCCACAACUCGUCCAGCUUCUUGGAUAUGGUCCGCACCGCGGCUUCGAAUUUCCCCGCGUCCGUCUACGAGCCUCCUCCGGGCUCCGCGAACAGCAUGCCUUCGCUCAACCUCAACCUCGGAGGUGUCAACGUUAGUCUAGGAGGGCCUGCACCAGGGGUGUACAGGACAAGCGGGGAGGGCGUGAGCUUGCAGACGGAAGGGAUCAAGGAUGGCGUGCGGAAUCUGCUGGGGAAGGUGAAGCAGGGCGUAGACCGAAUCGCGUCGCAGCCAUAGCGCGUGAAUGGUAUGUAUACUGCGCGCAUGCCACUGUUGACUCGCGUGCCUUGUAUUUAGCAGUCGUAGAGUAGGGUACACGGCUAAUUUCUG